AUGGAGGCCAUCAUGAGCUCUCCGCUUCUUCAACGCGGACCGCUGCAGCAGCCUCCGCCGCCGUCCCCGUCGGGAUCGCAUAGUCUGCAGGAAGAGGUGGAGGAACACCACCAACAACUGAUGCAGCGCUCUUUCGAGGGAGUGCCUCUGCCUGAGCCCUUUUCCUUCACGGGGUCUACCGAAUCCACCGUCGCCGACAUCAAGCACGGCAGCAGUGGCGACGGCCGUCAUGACGGGAAGUGGCGACUUGAGUACGGGGACGACAACACGAAGUCAUCCCCCGCCCUCUUCGGCUGCCACGAUUACGACGGGGCUCACAACGAGGAUGCUGAUGACAUGUCUAUGGUAUGCGAGCAGGGGGAAGCUGAUUGCAGCCUUGGGUCCGCCCCGCACCAGGCAGAGAUGCGAACCGCACACUGGCCGCUGUGCAAGAGAGGCGAAACAGAGGAGGGGCAGGAGAAGGCUUGGGGCGUGAUAUCAGCGAGGCAGCGUACCUCAUCUGCGCCGCGUCGCGGCGCAGGAAUUGGCAGUUACAGUUGCGCUUCGUCGAACGCCGAGGCUAUCGCGGACUGCAGCAGCAGCGGCGGCUCGCCGAUUCCAAAUAGUGACGGUGGCCGGGCUGCUCUUGACCGUAGGGAACUCAUUCGCGCAGAGGGUCAUCCGGUAGUCUCUGAGGAAGAAGAUAAGGGGGACAGGUAUUGUGGCACUCCUCACAGCAGCAGCCACGGGCACAAUGCCGACUGUAACGGCACUGCAGCAAGCCAGCGCUUCGAGCACGCCGCCCAGCAAGAUCUCCUACUACGCACAAGCCGCAAGCUCGUGUACUCCAACUCUGCCACGAUGCUUUCACCCACGGUGGUUGACACCGCCGUCGAAGGGUCAGACACAGCAGUGACGCCGGUCGCAGCACCCACAAAAUCUGACGGCGUGCACGAUGACCAGGAUGGCGUGACUGCAGUGCCGACAGUGAAGAGGCUGGAAGGUGCGGCUGUAUCUCAUGGCAAGCUCUCACCCCUCUAUCUCGCCGCAUCCGAUGUGAAUGGCGCGUCGCCUUCGGCGCACUGGGCUUGCUCGGCGCUGCCCUGUCACAAUGCUCUUCAGGCGCCAUCAGCUGUGGAGGCUCCCACCUUGCCCUCUUCCUCGUCGGCCGCGCACGCGAAAGUGGUGCCUCUUUGUGGUUCCAUGGAACAGGGGUCCGGUGAGACGGCGAAUUUGCAGGAUACGCACCGACGCCUGCCGCCGUCCGCCUCCGCCCCCUCUGAGGUAGACCGCGUCGAUGCUGAGAUAGAGAACGCCAUGCUGGAGAUGGAGAAGCGACUGCAACGACACUGUCACCAUGCUGGCGCCGCUACAACGGGUGCCGACAGCGAUGGCUGUGUAGCUAGUCACAGCAGCACGCCGUCUUUGCGCAGGAGUGAAGGUGAUAUUUCAAAGAGGGCUGAGAGUGACCGCAUGGAGAACCAACGUGCGCAUCCCUCCUCCUUUUCCGCCACCCAUGAGGCAGCUGCUGACGCGGCCUCGGUGAAGAGCGCGCACGAGGAAGACUGGCUCGCACGCCGGCGGUGCAAGCAGGCGGGCGUGUGCGAUGCAGAGGGCGUUGGCGCAUACCGCCGCGGUCGCGCGCUCGGCGAAGGGGCUCCUGCAUGGGCUUCGGCGGCGUACACGUUUUUCUCCAGUCAGCUGCGACCGCCGGAAGACAGACGCGGGCGCAUUUACGAACUUGCGAAGGCCUUGCGCGAGGAUGGCGCCCAUGCGGCGCUCCGCGGUCCCGGUGGGGGUCUGCUAGCGUCGCCGCCUGCCGACGAGCAGUCGCCCGGCCGCGUGGAAGGGGCGGCCCCGCUCCGCGUCCCAUGCGCCGCCAGAGGCACGUCAGUGUCUCUUGGCGACGCUGUGGCCGGCUCCGCCGAUAUGGCCAUGUUCCGGUCGCAGAGCACGCCAGUGCCUCCUGUGCAAGGAGAGAGAUUUGCACCGCACCAGCAAGAGUUCACGGCGGCGGGCUUGCAGGUGUACUACAGCCGCUGCAGCCUCAGCAGCGGGGAAAAAGAGCCGCGGCGUUGCCCUCGCCUUUCAGGCUCAACUCUUCUAGGCUCUUCGGUUGUAGAGGGGAUGCCGAGUGCCGCGACGGCUGAAGGGGUCUCGACAGCGAUGGCAGCAGCUGCGGCGCUCACAGUCGACUCCUCUGGGACCUCGUCGUGCACGCCGUUUACCUCGCGCCGCCAGAGGCCGCCGCCGCGGAUGCUGUGUCCGCCUACCCCGUCACCCUCGCCGUCGCCUUCUCGCUCUACUGCCAUGGAUGCCGUGCUUGCCGCAGUAGCGAAUGCUGAAGAGGGAAAGGAGUCGGAUGCAGGCGUGAUGGAGCAGAGCGUUUUCGCGGAAGCGGCGCCCGGCGCGGAGCCGCAGCUGCAGCCGCAGUCACGCAACGCCAACGUGCUGCCGGGACAGUCGUCGUUGGAGCCCUGCACUGUCAGCCUUGGAGUGGAGGCGGCGGAUACAAUGCCCCUCGAGGCGGCCACCGCUGCUGCGAACCCCGCGACUUUAUCCCCGUGGCAAACGCUUUUGUGGUCUUCCUCGUCUGCACCAACCGUGCCCGCGGACACGGUCGUACCAGCUGCGGCGUCUGCUGUUGCCACUACUUCGGCUGCAGACGUAGAUAGCGAUGCUGGCGUGAGCGUCAUCCGCUCCUCUUCAUCUUGUCUUAAGAGGGCGGUAGAGGGCAAUGACGGCGCGGACACGGGACUGCAAGGAGAGCUGGCCAACAGGGAAGGUGCGCUGACUGAGCCGCGCCCCGAAGCCGACACCUCCGUCUCCGUGGGUGACGCGGACGGGCCCCUUCCCCUGUCGCCGCGCUGCGCAAGCAGCGAGCCAUCGAAACUGCAACUCCAUGGUGGCCACACCUUUGCUUCCUCAGCCUACCGCGCAGACAGCGCUCCGCAGCACGCCGGUGUCGUCGCAGCGAAUAGUGCCAGCUCUCUUGGGUGUGAGCGGGCGGCUUCCGGUGCCGCUUCUCACCAUAGCGCAUCUCCUCCGAGCGCUGCAGUCACUGCCGCGGUGCCACUGAUGCGGCAUGACGGUGCUGGGGAGGACUCACUCCUUCUGCCUAUCUGCGCCACAUCCUUUCCCCAGGGCGGGCAGAGCACAGGUCGGAUGUCGCUUCCGCCGUCGCGACGCGAUGGCUGUGGCGGUGCCUUUUCAUCGUGGAGCACUAGUAGCGCGGCUUGCGAAGGCGCGGGAGCAGACAAUGCGGUAGACGUCGCGAAUGACGCGACCGAUGACGGGGUGCAAGGGCAUGCCCUCACAAUACGGCAGUCUGCCAAUACUCGGAAAUCGCCGUCGACGGCGGUGGCGGAAGGGGAGGAGCAUCCGCAGGUGCCGAUGAGGUUCUUGUCGUCUUCGGCUGUGUCACCGUCACCGAUACGCCCGUCAACCGGCGGCGCAAGUGGCAAGGAGCGGCUGCACCACGAGCUACCGAUCCUCCACUGGCGCGCCGGUGGCGGUGGUGAAGUGGGUGGCGGCCAGCACGAUGACGCGGACAGCAGCGACGAAUACAAUGAGGCGCACCUCUGUUGUGAUGAUUGGGCCUCCUCUCCCGCGGAGCCCGCUGCAGCUGCUGCCACCUUCCAAACUCGGCAAAGUGAUACUCCGGACGGCCUGCAUGUCGACAGCGAUGACGAUGAUAAUGCCGACGACGACGGCGGGGAGGACACGGCAGGGCAGACGUGGAUCGAGGAGGCUCUGCGUCGUGCAGAAGCGAAGUGUGCCGUGCUGCGUCUCGAGCUAACGUUUGCCACGGAGCGCGCAGUGGCGGCGGAGGCGAACGCACGGGCGCGGGAGCGGGAGUGCGCGGAGCUGCACGCAUUGGCGAGCCGCAUGCAGGCGCAGUUGGCAGCGGCGCAGAUGACGGCUGAGUGGGCAACAGCAAACACACGUGCGGAUGCGGAGGUUCAAGUGGCUGCUUGCACCGCUUCUUUGGACGACAUCGCCGCCUCAGCUUUCUCGUCGCCAAACUCACCGAAUCGACUGGGCACGACGUCUUUAAGCAUGCGGAAGGGGACAGCGCUUGCAGACGGUACGGUCUGGCGACGCCGCCACGACAUUGUGGCGCAGGAGCUGGCUACCCUCAAGGUCAGCAUGGCGGAACAACUUGCGGUGCUAGAUCGGCUAGGCAUGCAGCCUCCUUUUUCGGAGGAGCUAGUGUGUGCUGCGGAGCGGCGGCUGCGGCACGUUAAAGUCGCUCACGCGCCUGGCACUGCCAUGAAGGCCAGCCAGCCAGACGCAACGAUCCCGGGAACUCCACACACCCUAACCCGCUCAACGUGCGUCGACAGCGCCGCCUCAGCUGACUUAUCGGCCGGCGGUGCCUCCGUCACCGCGACAACGAAGAAGAUUCAGGUUCGAAACGGCAACAAGAUUGCAGCUCUUUUGAACCUGCGCAAGCAGAACCGUCACCAGGAGAAGCCAGCAGCAGCAGCAGCAGAUGCGAUGGCGACCGGAGUGACUGACUCGGCCACCACGCCAUCCACGUCGGCGCCACCGGUAAAACGCGACGGCAGCGAAGACUGCAGAACCACGCUGGAUGCCAAAGAAAACCACUACGUCGUGUAA